CGCUUCUACGCCAAGCCCCACCAGUGCGUGGCCAUCCCCGCCGACCUGCGGCUCUGCCACAGCGUGGGCUACGACAAGAUGGUGCUGCCCAACCUGCUGGACCACGAGACCAUGGCCGAGGUGAAGCACCAGGCGAGCAGCUGGGUGCCGCUCCUCAACAAGAACUGCCACAUGGGCACCCAGGUCUUCCUCUGCUCCCUCUUCGCCCCCGUCUGCCUGGACCGGCCGGUCUACCCGUGCCGCUGGCUCUGCGAGGCUGUGCGCGACUCCUGCGAGCCUGUCAUGCAGUUCUUUGGCUUCUUCUGGCCCGAGAUGCUCAAGUGUGACCAGUUUCCCCAGGAUGACGUCUGCAUUGCCAUGACGGCUCCCAAUGCCACUGAGGUCUCCAGGCCCAAAGGAACGACGGUGUGUCCCCCUUGCGACAACGAGAUGAAGUCGGAGGCCAUUGUGGAGCACCUGUGUGCCAGCGAGUUUGCUCUUAAGAUGACCAUAAAGGAAGUGAAAAAGGAGAAUGGGGACAAGAUGAUCGUCCCACGGAAGAGGAAGGCGCUGAAGCUGGGGCCCAUCCGGAAGAAGAACCUGAAGAAGCUGGUGCUGUUCCUGAAGAAUGGGGCUGACUGCCCCUGCCACCAGCUGGACAACCUCGGCCAGUACUUCCUCAUCAUGGGCCGCCAGGUGAAGACCCAGUACCUGCUGACGGCCAUCUACAAGUGGGACAAGAAGAACAAAGAGUUCAAGAAGUUUAUGAAGAAGAUGAAGUCUCCUGACUGCCCGACGUUUCCAUCCGUCUUCAAGUGAUGACGUGGGCAGCAGGAGCGCCGCCGCCUGGACCUCGAGCAGCCCAGCACGGCGGCUCAGUCUCGCUCCUCUGCAGCGGGGAUGCUGGAGCCGGGCCCUCCUGCUCCUCCCUCCUGCUCCUCGGAGCUUCCCUUGCCGACCCCAGCCCUUCCACCUCCCCGCUGCCGGCAUUUUCCUGAUCGCCCGGGCAUGCAAGUGUGACGCGCGUGCACCAAAUGAUCGCUGAGAUCACACGUGAUUUACAUCCGCAACAUCCAAAGACCUGUUGCUGUACAGAUGUACAUCCAUUUAAACAGCAGCUAUCAGGUAAAGAGGGCAAGCGGAGGGGUGUGAAGUUACGU